CAAAGUGAAAGAGCAAAGUACACUUGCCUAGUCAAUAAUGAAUGAGAUAGCCAUGGCUUUUAGCAUUUAGCGUCAAUGAUCAACCUUCAUACAACAUGGGGAUUUUAGACACUGUGUAUUUUCUACCAAUACCAUUCACCCAGGUGAAGUUUGAGGUGAAUGGUUGUCAGGUUGCUAUAGCACUAUGUGUGCUACCCCUGAUGUGGCUAGUGAGGGGGCUAUACAGGUUGAUAUCCUGGAAGAUCAACAGGGAUACACUGAAGGCUCUUGUGAAGGUCAAACGUGAGGAAAGUAAAGAGGCCAGGGACAGGCUGAAGGAGAGAAUUAAGGACACGCCUGGUUACAAGAAGCAAGAUGAGAUAACAAAACUAGGUACAGCAGAAUUGAUCCAGAAGCUACAUAAGAGAGAGCUGAAGGCACUAGAUGCCCUGCAUGCAUUCCAAGGCAAAGCUCUGAAGCUGAAUGAAGACCUGAAUUUCUGGUGUGAGACUUUAGAAGAGGCAGAGGAGUGGGCCAAGGAGUGUGAUGAUUCUAAGGAACUUAAAGGAUUGUUGCAUGGUCUACCUAUAUCACUCAAAGAUCACUUAGCUGUUAAGGGAUAUGACCAGACAAUUGGACUCACUCAGUCCAUCUUCAAACCUUCAUUAAUGGACCAAUCCAUUGUGCAAGUGUUAAGGUCACAAGGUGCUGUUCCAUUUGUGAAAACCAAUGUACCACAGCUCAUGUUCAGUUUGGAGACUUCAAAUCCAGUGUUUGGUACUUCAUUGAAUCCCCAUGACAAGAAGAGGGGGCCAGGAGGUUCCUCGGGGGGUGAGGGUGCUAUUAUAGGAGGAGGGGGGUCAGUCUUAGGAAUUGGGAGUGACAUUGGAGGAAGUAUAAGGUGUCCAGCUACAUUCUGUGGUUGCUGUGGUUUUAAGCCAACUGCAGGAAGAUUAAGCAAUGAUGACAAUUUGGAGAUGUUCAAAGGAGAGAAGACCAUUCCAGCUACAUUCGGCCCCCUAGCUAAGGAUGUGAAUGGUCUAGCAGUAUGUAUGGAGGCUUUAUUAACUGAUCAGCUCUUCCAACUGGCUCCAACAACACCACCUUUGGUGUUCAACAAACAGAUUUAUGAAGACAAAAGGCCAAUGAAGAUAGGCUACUUCGCAAGCUUUGAUCCACCAUUGUUUGAAGCCAUACCAGCUGUACAGAGGGCUGUGAGAGAGGCUAAACAGAUUUUGGAACAUCAGGGGCAUACACUUGUAGAAUUCAAACCUCCCUUUGUCCAAGAACUUUUUCGUGAUGUCUACACCCCCUGUAUAAUUGGGGAAAGUUGCACAGAACAUUACAAGUCCUUGAAAGGUGAGAUAAUAGAUCCAACUACGAGGAUGUUAGCAUUCACCCAUGUAGCACCAAUGUGGCUGAAAACCUGCCUAAAGCACUUUCUCAGUUUGAUAGGUAUGAAGGAUGAGGCGGCAACUAUUGAAUCAUCUUCAAAAAUGAAGAGGUGUCAAGAUUGGUGGGAUGUUACAGCACUGUGCGAGAAACUGACAGGUCGCUUCAUUGACCACUGGAAGAGAGCUGGCCUCGAUGCAGUGAUUGCUCCGGCUUAUGGAUCAGUUGCUAUGCCUACUGGAAACCCAGAAGAUUAUGUUGGUCAAAUUCUGGCAUACUUUGCCUUGUGGAAUGUCUUGAAUUUCCCAGCUGGUGUUCUUCCCGUAACCAAGGUAACAAAAUCUGACCAGGAAAAUCUAAAGCAUUGGAAGGCUUCAACGUUUGCUAGUAGACGUAUAAAAAAGCAUAUGGAGGGUAGUGAAGGACUCCCAGUGGCAGUACAAUGUAUUACACUGCCUUGGCAAGAUGAACGCUGCCUCAGAUUGAUGGCAGAUCUUGAACGAGGAGUCAAGAACAAAAAAUAACUUGAUAAAAGUAGAAAACAGACAUUUGAAGUGAAGUUCUCUUGAGACUCCAUAGUUAAAUUGUAAAAAGGAACGAAUAAGAAACUGGCCAUAUAGUACAUAAAUGUGAAAUCUUAUGGAUAGAGACUAAAAGUGCCAAGAAAAGGUUGGAAGAAAGAACGGACACUUUCCAAUCACAGGAGAUGUGAGACGAAAAACUUACUUUUAAUGUGCUACAUUUCAUUCAACACAGCAUUCUAAUAUAUUUUAAGAUAAAUAUAUUUCUACAAAAAAGUAUCUUUAAGAUACAUAUCAUUUAUAAUGUUCUGUUAAUUAUGUUG